UGUGUGUGUGUGUGUGUGUGUGUGUGUGUGAAAAAGGCAAGCAGCAGCAGCAGAAGAGAAGCGGAUCAUGAUGGCCGGGUGAGGGAUGAGAGGAUGAGACUGCCGAGCUCCGUCCUGGUGUCGGUGUCUCUGUUCACAGCCGAAACGACGGCAGCUCUGUACCUGAGCACCACGUACCGCUCGGCCGGGGAUAAGAUCUGGCAGGGCUUCACGCUGCUCUUUACGCUGGUGCCGUGCGUGCUGGUGCAGCUCACCCUCAUCUUCAUCCACCGGGACCUGAGCAGGGACAGGCCGCUCAUCCUGCUCCUGCACCUCCUGCAGCUCGGACCUGUCAUCAGGUGUUUGGAUGCGUUUUGUAUCUAUGGAAGCUCAGGAAAGGUGGAGGAGCCAUAUGUCACCAUCACCAGGAAGAAGCAGAUGCCCCGGUGCGGCCGGGCCGAGGAGGUGGAGCAUGAGGUCGGGCAGGCCGAGGGCAAGUUGGUCGCUCACCGAGCGGCCUUCGCACGAACCUCUGUCAUUCAGGCCUUCCUGGGCUCUGCCCCUCAGCUCACACUGCAGCUCUACAUUUGCGUGCUGCAGAAGGGCGUUUCCAUCGGGAGAGGCACCCUGAUGGUCAUCUCUCUGCUGUCGAUCGUAUACGGGGCCAUGCGCUGCAACAUCCUGGCCAUCAAGAUCCGCUACGACGACUACGCGGUGUCGGUGCGCCCUGCGGCCUACGUGUGCGUGUUGCUGUGGCGCAGCUUCGAGAUCGCGACGCGCGUUGCUGUGCUCGUGCUUUUCGGCUCCGUAAUGAAGGCCUGGCUGCUGCCUGUGGUCCUGCUCAGCUUCUUCGCCUUCUUCCUGCAGCCGUGGGUGGCCUUCUGGCGCAGCGGCUCGCCUUUCCCCGAGAGCAUCGAGAAGACUCUGACGCGCGUGGGCACGGCCACCGCGCUCGCCAUGCUCACUUUCCUGUACGCCGGGAUCAACGUUUUCUGCUGGUCAGCCGUGCAGCUUAAACUCGAAGACCCGGACCUGAUAGACAAAAACUACGGCUGGAGGCGAGCGACCGCUUACUACUCUGUACGCUUCGUCGAGAACGUAGCGCUCACGUCGCUCUGGUUCGCACACCGCACCGAGUUUUACCGUCGAGUAGAUGCGCCAGUGCUUGAGCUGCUCCUGCUCCUGAGCUACGUCUUCGCCGUGUUCUUCAUGCUCUUGUUCUACCAGUGCUGCCACCCCUGUAGGCACCUGUUCUCCUCCAGCCCAGUGCAGGGACUAUGGGAGCGCUGUGGAGCGCUUCGGAUGCCGCCGGUGUCAUGUCCCCAGCCUGCACGCACACAGGACAAGGUCUCACUAGAGAACCCCGAACAAGCCAAAGAUGCGGACGAUGAACAAGUUUCCGUGAACAACAAAGACGCCAACCAGUGUCUGUGCUAAAGAGCAACAGCACAGAUGGGAAAAUGGAUCAGGUGGCAAAUCACAGGGACGCUCUUCAGCUUAAGCUGACGAUUUUUUUGCUCUGAAACGUUGCGAUUCAAACGUGCCAAACCGAACCUUUCUGAACAUUUAAUAAAAAAGUGGGCCGUAUGAACCAAAAACCUAAUUAGCCAAUGAAAUUCAUGUAUGUGGAUUGUAUGGAAAGUCUUCCUUUUUUUUUUUUUUUUUUCUCGUCCAUUGGAGGUUCAGACAAACCUGCCAGCAUGAUCGUGGCUCGGAUCGUUUACAUGCUGUUUUUUUUCGGAAUGCAUGUGCAGAUGAACAAAAUGAGAAUGCUGCUUUUUUUUUCAUGUACACUGCUGUCUGCUUGUCUCUCUGUCCGUCUGUCUCUACUUCUCUCUUUCACACCUCCCUAAUUUUCCAUAAUGAUGAAAAAAGUCAUUUGCUUUGAUUUUUCAAAUACUGAUCUCAUGAAUGGUACAUAUAAUAAUAAAAGCAACAAUAUUUCCAGCACUUUUAAAGGCACAUUUUAGUAAACAAUUUCAAAGAUUGCACAUACAAUCGUCCAAUCCGAAUGCAGUAUUUGUAUUUUUUUUAUAAGAGUAUAAAUGGCUCAUGAAAGCGUCAGUUAGAGACGAUCUAAGCGGUUAAAGGGUCUCCUGGUCAGCAGUAUACAGCCUUAACCACUCACACACACACAGACCACUGCUGGCUAUUAUGUGCAUUAACACAAUGGGGACUAAUAGGGGGCCUUAUUUUAAUACAUUAAAAUUGUAUUCAGUUUUAAUUCAUUUUGCACUUUUCCUUUUAACCUGGCUUUAAGAAGAAAGGCUGCAUAGAAGAAGCACCAGAAUUCUCACAUUAUUAAUAAAAAUGUAUGCAAAACCUGAUAUAAAAGAAAAAGUUUAUUAAGUAGCCCAAAUCCUUGAACCUGGCAACGCAGCAACGUGAGGUAAUAAUUAACGUAUUAAAUAUUCACUAUUACAAGCCACUGUUAUAAGCCUACAUACUGCAGUUAUACUGUAGCUCAUCUUUUUUUGAACUGAAUCUCUGCCUCAGCGUUAACACCAAAAAAAUCUUUUUCACAGGUUUUUGCUGGAAAAUGCAGAUAAAAUAUCCGUGAAUGAUUUUUAAUACCCAAUUUGUACUCGAACAUUAAAUAUUCAUAGUUAGACAUCAUUGGAAGAUUUUUGCACCAGUUCUGCUUUCACUCACGUGAAAAAAAAAAUGCCUUAUUCAAUCAAAUUCAUGUUAAAAAAAAACUAAAUACUAAGAUUUAAAUGCUACACGAGCUGGAACUGUAUAAACUCGGUACCCUGAGGAGUUUCUUAGGUUGGUUUCUUCAUUAUGUUGUGUUAUACAUUAUUCUAAACAGCGCCCCCUUUUAUUACUCAUUUAUUAGACACAAAUAUGUCUUUUGUUUUUUUAAUUAUUCAGAAGGAAAUAACAUCUGUGUCAUACAUUAUAUAGAUAGAAGUAUCUGGACACCUGGAAGUCAAAUGUGGUUCCUUCGCUAAAGUUCUCACAAAGUUGAAGGAACACUGUUGGAUUUGGAUGACUUUGGUAGCAUUAAAUGUUCCCACAACUAGGAGACCCAAACCUGACAAAGCUCUAACCUCAACCCUACUGCAAUAAAUUGGAAUUCUGAUUGGAUCCCAGGCCUCCUCACCUCACCUACAUCAGUACCUGACUGUCCUUUACAUACCCAUGUGGCUGAAUGAGCAAAAUUUUCUAAAUCUAGUCGAACAUCUUCCCAGAAGAGUGGAGGGAAUUAUUAAAGUAAACGGGAACUCAAUGGCGAACCGGGGGUGUCCACAAACUUUGUUAUGUAGGUUAUAUGGAUUUUUGGACACGUCUUCAUGUUCUAUUUCUUUACAAAUAAAAAAAAAAAAUUAUUAAAAUAUUGAAAUCCACACUGUACACUGUAUUUUACACUUCUGUUCAUUCGCACACUGUUUUACUAUUAAAAAAGGGACCACGUUUGCACACUGUUUUGCUAAAUGAAAGAUAUAAACGACUAUACACAGGCAUGAUGAUUGUAUUUGGGCUUUUGGCGCCCUCUGGUGUUUGGGUAAAUGAACAUAAUGUUUGGUUUGUACGAAUGUGACCUGCGAAUGACUUUGCUUGUUAGAGCUUUCCUCUGUACAUAGAGUCUGAGAAACAAACCCUCAAUUAAAAAAAAGAAAAAUGAA